AUGAAUACUUGUAAAUCAUUCUUCAGACGCCAUGGACUUAAGAAUAAGCCAUUGUAUUGUCCAUCAAAUGGUAAUUGCAUUAUAACUCCAUUGACACGAAGUAUUUGCCAAAAAUGUCGACUCGAGAAGAGUUUAGCCGUCGGAAUGAUAAAAGAAUUGAUUAGAAACAUUGGAAACAGUAUUACAAACAUUAAAUUAGAGAAGGAUUUGCUGAAAAUAAAUGAAAACAACAAAAACACGUCAAUUGUUCCCAUGUUUAGGGAAAUCACGGAUUAUAACGGUUUGAAUGCAUUGGAAAGCAAUAGGAUAUCGGAGCUGACGAGCGCUGCCGUUGUUCAAAAGCAAGAGUGUUUAAUAAUGGACAUGGUCAAUUUCACUAAAUCUCUAUCCGGAUUCAAUACUACAUGUAUAUGCAUUGAGGAUAGGGUGGCGCUAAUGAAGUACGGCUCCAAUGAGUUACUCUCGUUAUUGGGCUUUAAGUUUUACGACAAAUUGACCGACAAUUUCUAUUUCCCAUUAGAUGAUGAAAGUUGUAUUCAAAUCAGUAUGGACGUUUUACAAUCUACUCAUACUAGAAAUGGUCAACUAAUGAAAUCAACUAUGCUGAAAUUAUUGUCCGAAUGGAAUUACGAUGAUUAUAUUGCAAUGAACCUGUUAAUGGCAAUAAUAUUCUAUAACCCGAAUCGACCGAAUAUAUUGCAUAAAAAAAGUGUUAAACUCGAACAACAACUACUCGAACAACAACUACGCAAUGGACUUAAGAAUAAGGAAUUCAUCAGAAGUGAUGAGCAAAACGAGAAAAGAAAGAAAACUAUUAAGAAAGACAUUUUGGAUGAAUUACUCAACAAUUCAAUUGAUCUUAAUUUGGAUGAGAUUACAGACAUUGGAAACAGUAUUACAAGCAUUACAUUAGAGGAAAAUUUGCUGAAAAUAAAUCUAAACAACAAAAACACGUCAAUUGUUCCCAUGUUUAGGGAAAUCACGGAUUAUAACAGUUUGAAUGAAUUGGAAAGCAAUAGGAUAUCGGAGCUGUCGAGCGCUGCCGUUCAAGAAGGUUUAAUAAUGGACAUGGUCAAUUUCACUAAAUCUCUAUCCGGAUUCAAUACUAUAUGCAUUGAGGAUAGGGUGGCGCUAAUGAAGUACGGCUACAAUGAGUUACUGGCUUUAUUAGGCUUUAAGUUUUACGACAGACUGACCGACAAUUUCUAUAUGCCCUAUGAUGAUGAUAAUUGUAUUCAGAUCAGCAUGAACUUAUUGGCAAUAAUAUUCUAUAACCCGAAUCGACCGAAUAUAUUGCAUAAACAAAGUGUUAAACUCGAACAACAACUGUAUAUAUAUUUACUGCAAAGAUAUCUACUAUUGAAAUACCGCUCGGAAUCGAGAAAAUCACAUGAAUUGUGCAAAGUUUGCGGCGAUAAAGGAUUCGGCAGAAAUUUUACUGUUAUAACGUGUGAAUCGUGUAAAUCAUUCUUCAGACGCCAUGGACUCAAGAAUAAGCCAUGGAGUUGUCGAUCAAAUGGUAAUUGCAUUAUAAACCCAUUGACGAGAAACUUAUGCAAAAAGUGUCGGCUCCAGAAGUGCUUAGCCGUUGGGAUGCGAAAAGAAUUUAUCAGAAGUGAUGAGCAAAAUGAGUGGAGAAAGAAAGCGAUGCGAGAAAAUAAAUUAAAUAAAUUGAAACAGAAAGACAUUUUCGAUGAAUUGCUCGACAAUUCAAUUGAUGUUAACUUGAAUGAAAUAACAGACGUUGGAAACAAUGUGGAUUUGUUAGAAAUCAAUGAAAACAACAAAUACACGGCAAUUGUUCCCAUGUUUAGGGAAAUUACAGAUUAUAACGGUUUGAAUGAAUUGGAAAGCAAUAGGAUAUCAGAGUUGAUGAGCGCUGCCGUUGUGUUUGACUACAAAACAUCAAAGAAUGUUCGCAAAGCAAGAGUGUUCAAUAAUGGACAUGUAUGCGCUGAGGAUAGGGUGACACUAUUGAAGUAUGGCUUCAAUGAGUUGACAUCUAUACAGGGCUUUAGGUUUUACGACAAAUUGACUGACAAUUUCUAUGUGCCUUUAGAUGAUGAUAAAUGUGCCAAAAUCAAUAUGAAUGUGAUGUUAGAAUUGAAGAUUGGUCUACCCCUAUACAGGGAUUACAAACAUCAUCUAGGUCCGCUUAUGAAGGAAGAGUUAAUCCGGAGUUAUUGUAACUCCUCGUUGACUACAAAUCACUCGUCGACUGAUUCAACACAAAAUGACAAUAAUUUUUGUCAAGAAAUUGAUAUAUUGUUAGAAAACACAAUCAAUACGAGUGCCGAAGAGCUUACGGAACAGAUCAGAGAUAUUGAAAACUAUGUGACAAACAAUAUAUUCACUGCAAGUAAUGAAGAGUCACCGGAAUUGCCAGUAAUUUCCGUAUUCAGGGAACUAAUAGAUUAUAAGGGUUUAAAUCACUUAGAGUGCAAUCGGAUGCGGGAAUUGAUGACCGCUUCCAAUGUAUUCAACUAUCGUUUUGCACAACAUUUGAUGACAUUCAACAAUAUCUGUCCCAACGAUCGCUUGGCUUUAGUUAAAUACGGCGGCAAAGACUUGAUUUUAAGAUCCAUUCAGAUUGAUUUGUCUAUGUUUGAACAGAAACAUUAUAAUUCGUUGAAAUAUUACUAUGGACAAUUUCUAUUGGUGUGGGAUUACAGCGACCCCAUUAUUAUAAACCUGACUCGAACAACAACUUUAAAAUUGUGGACAGCCACAAAGAUGCUACUUCUUGCGAUAAAGAAUACGAUUAAAGAUUACAAUCACGUUAUCGGACACGAAAUACAUAUCAGUGAUUGCAAGGACUGA